AUGGACAUGGCCAUAAAGUGGUCCAACGUGUACGAGGACAACGGAGAAGAUGCACCACAGCCCUACACAGGCGAGGCACGGUUCUUACCCACGGAGGAGCAGCCCUCUGACUCAGGUUCGUGCUGCAAAAUGAAGUUCCAGCUCUGUGGGCUUUAUUUCACCACUUGUUUGACAGUAAUAUUUGUAGAGGAUGGAUAGUAGAUGGUGCUGUUAAUAAAAUGGGCUUUUUUAAUCCAAAGCUUUCCCACCGAGUCCCAAUCCCGUGAGAUAGUCAUAUGCAUUUAGAAAAUAUAGUGUUAUUGCAAGUUUAUAUCAAGUGAAAACCCCAGACAAGAUUUAAGCUCUCACACUUAAACUGACUGCCUGAAGCACCUAAAGAUGCAAACCACAACCUCACCUGCAUUUCCUGGAGGUAAACAGAUGUCCAGAGUACAUGAUUGCAGAUCAAGCACAAGCUUGAAGGAAUCGUGGGUUUAUUUCCACACUGUAUUGGAGCCUAUUUCCUAAAAAUAAUUAUAUACUUCACCUACACAGUGAAAAACUGAAAAAGAAAACCCAGACCUAAUAAGGAAAAAGACACAAGCAGAAAGCAACAUUACUGCUUAAACAUUUCACUCUGCCAGUCUCGAGUAGAUUACAUUAUAAUUCAAUGUGCCCACUUUUCCAUUCAAUUAUUUAAAACUUGUGUUGUCAUGGCAACAUUCAAGUGUAAUUUUAUUGUGAAAUAUCUAAAUAACUUUCUAGGCUACUUGCAAAUAAAGUUCAUAAUGAAAACUGGCAGUCUACACAGAAAAUCCUCAAUCCCAAUCCCCUGUCUCUAAUCCUUUAAAAGCAUUAUUUACUCGUGUCCAGUCAGUCUCCUGCCUGGCCUUCAAAGAUCCUGCCUCCAGCUUGUUGUUGACUGUAUUAAAAGUUAAAAUUUCCCAUCACCCCUUCUCUCCCCAAACCCCCAAUCCCAACCACCACCAUCACCUCCACCACGACUGUUAUGCCUCCGCACAGAUGAGGAUGCAGAGAAGGGGAGCCUGUCUACCAAGAAACGUCGAGUAGAGACCUUCCAGCAGAAAGAGAAGAGGAAGAGGGACUUGGGACAAGCUACCUCUGACAAGAACUUUGUAGAGGAGGAGAAAAGGAUCCUCAGGCAAAAGAUUGAGUGA